CGGGGUCCUGCUAGCAUGGCGGCGUCGAAGGUGAAGCAGGACAUGCCCCCUCGGGGCUACGGCCCCAUUGACUACAAGCGGAACCUGCCGCGUCGGGGACUGUCGGGCUACAGCAUGUUCGCCAUCGGCAUCGGGGCCCUGCUGUUCGGGUGCUGGAGAAUGAUAAAAUGGAAUCGCCAGCGCAGGCGCCUGCUGAUCGAGGACCUGGAGGCCCGCAUUGCUCUCAUGCCGCUGCUCCUGGCAGAGAAGGACCGCAGGACCUUGCAGAUGCUCCGGGAGAACCUGGAGGAGGAGGCAAUCAUCAUGAAGGACGUGCCCAACUGGAAGGUGGGCGAGUCCGUGUUCAACACGACGCGCUGGGUGCCGCCGCUGAUCGGCGAGCUGUACGGGCUGCGCACCUCGGAGGAGGUUGUCAGCGUUGGCCGCGGCCACCUGUGGUACACGUAGUGCAGCGCUCCUGGCCUGGACCCUGCCCCACCGGGAGAAUAAACGCUCUGGACACCUGG